AUGGCUCCACCAAAACGAGGACGUCCCCAGACCAGGGGGGCGAACAACACGUCAACCACUGAAGACAACCAACAACAAAACGAAAACCCUUCGGGGGUCGUUAAUGAAAUGGAAGCUGGGGACAGAUUCAGUGGAGUGAGCAUGUGGCCAGGAAUGAACUUUGGAUACGGAGAAAAUUACCAGAAAUCAACUCAUGCUCUGCCAUUUAACCCUGAUAUAACUCUGGAAGAAAGGGUUGAAAUUGCACUGAAUUGGUUUGUUCAUCCUGAAAAGCCUGCAAACUUUGUUGCUUUUUAUGCGGAGACUGUGGACGAGAAUGGCCAUGACUUUGGUCCAGAUUCUGAUGAGGUUUCUGCAGCAGUCAAAAUGGCAGAUUACAUUACUGAUUACAUAGUGCAGAAGCUGAGAACAAUGGCUUUGUGGGAUGAUAUACAUGUGAUAGUCACUGCAGACCAUGGCAUGUCACCUGUAUUUGGAACAAACCUUGUCAACAUCUCUCAAGAAACCUCCAUCAUGGAUAAGCUUGGAGUCUCCAGUUCUUCCCCAAUCUUAUUUUUCUACAAAUUGAAUGAAAAUGAUGCUGAAAUUGGUCAGCAAUUGGAAGAGGCAUCUGAAAGACUUGGAUUUGAGCUCUUUGACACAUCCAAUUUCCCUGAAGAAAAUGACUGGCAUAUGGGGAGUUUGCAACACCUCCCUGACUACCUGGCCAUCAUUCCUCUCAAUUAUUCUUUUGAUGAUGCCUUCUGGCUUGGACCUUGGAAUGACAUCUGCAGGCCCAUAAAGGACCACAUGCUUCAUACUAUGGCCAGCAUGGAUUUGACAAUUCACUCUCUGAAAUGCAUCCAUUCUUCAUUGGACAUGGACCCAAAUUUCGUUCCGGAUUCACUUACGACUCAAAACAAGGACCAAAUAUGAGCACUUUGGAUAUCUACCCCCUGAUUUGUAAUUUGCUGAAUGUAACAAACAUCCCAUCAAACAAUGGCAGUGAUAUAUUCCCCCUUCAAUUACUCAAGUUGGAAUCCUGGAAUGAAUGAUGGAAAUACACGUGACUUACAACAAGGGGUCCACACAAAUUACUGGAAUGGAAAUUCAAACGGCGUACAAUUGAGGUGAAAAGCAAUCAUUUUUCAACAAUAAAAAACGUUCUUUGGCUCAGAAAAAGAAAUCAGUCCUAUUCAACAGAUUUUAGCGAAAAUGUUUACAAAAGUCACCCUGGCAGCUCUCUGCUCUUCACUCAUAUCCCGCGAACUUUUGUUGGAC